ACAUUACAAUUUCUCUUUUCGAACUAUUCGCAGUACAUGGCUUCGAUUGCAUGACUGACAAAAACUGUCAACAAAACGCCGACACAACACAAUGCGACACGCUUAUGCAGCGCUAAUAAAAUUAAAAAAAUGAUUUCGAGAUAGACAUACUUUUCAUUUUUAUUUGGUAACAAACUGGUAGAAUUGUGCAGUUUUGGCGAUUGUGAAAAUAUUUAUUGUCCUUUGUCAGAAGUGUGCGAUAAUGAAAGCAAAUGGCAAAACAUUUGUGAUUGUAGUCAAAAAUAAUGAUAAUUUUGACAGCAAUAAAAAGAAGGCACUCCGACGGAUCUAAAUCUUUCCGUAAUUUCGUUCACGACGCGAUUGCAUCAAUAACAAUCAAUAAAUAAAAUUGUAAUACUUUGAAGAAUUGCAAAUCAGGCAUCCGAAAUGAAUGCAACAGAGCACAAUGAUGACAACAACGGCGUAAAACAAGAUUCAUUGACCCACCCGCCAUUACUUGAUAAGGAAAUUGAUAUGUUUUCAAUUCCUGACACCAAACAGAAUGAUGACAAAAACGCAUGUUCUACGCCGCUUAAGCCUGCCGACGAUCCAGCACUGGACACCCAAAAUCAAACACCGAAGAAAAUCGAACCUGUGUUGGGAAAAGAACGAGCCAUCAAAAUUCUGAAAGCGUUUGGCAGUCAACAAAAACCCGUCAAAGAAUUUCACACAAAUGUUUUAAAAACGCCUACCAGAGACAUAAAUAAACCGAAAAAGGAGAAAAAGUCAUUGACUCCAAUGGAGAAAGCGAAGGCAACAAUAUCCCAAAUUGAGGAAUUGAAAAAAUUCAAAGACCGCACGAUUCCAACAUAUUUCGGUGAGAAUGUGGUCAUACAUCAUAUCAAAGUUGAUCAUCCGCCGACCGAUACAAAAUUGGAUAACAAUAAAAGUGGAAGCAUCGAAAAAGUGAACAAGGAAAUCAUCGGUCCGAAGGCUCCAGUUGAUUCGUUAGAAGCGUUGAAAGUGUAUAAUAACUUAGAUGUGGAUAAGCAAAGUGACGAAGAUGUGAACAGCGAAAAAGAAGAACCUUUAAUGAGCAGUGAUUUAUUAGAUGCGUGUCUGAAAAAACGAAAAUUGCCAGCUGCAUUCGAUUUGAAAACAAAACGUGCGAAGGAAAAACGUAGCAAGAGAAUGUCCGAAGAUAGCAGAAGCAGCGACAAGAGACGGAAGCGUCGAAACAAAGAUCGGAAAAAGAAAACCACGCGAGACGUAUCCUCGCGAAGAUCAUCAACGAGUAGCGUCAAGAAACGGUCGAAAAAGAGACGUGAUUCGAAUCGGGACAUAGAGAUUUCGUCGGGCAAACGUAUUUCGUCUGAGAAGCGCAUUUCGUCUGAGAAACGCAUUUCAUCUGAGAAACGCACUUUAUUGGAGAAUCAAAGCAGAGACCAUCAGUUGGAGAGAUUCACCAAAACUCUUCCUUCCAUAAAGUAUUCACCGAAUCCUCAUGUUAUGCGCCACCGUUUGACAAAUGGAAUUGUCGACAAAAUCUCAACAUCAAAUAAGAAAAAACGAUCGUCGUCGAAAUCAACGGUAGAGAAAAGAAAACGAAAAAAAUCAUCGGACGGAAGUACUGAAAAGCUAAAAGUUAAACAUAGACGCCGUUCGGGAUCUAAGGCUGAUAAAUCUGUGAAGAAAAGGCGGAAAGAACUCGAUCGAAGUAAUGAAGAUGCAACUCUGAAAAUAAAAAGCAAAAAAUUAUCGAACGACGGUGCGCCCUCGAAAGUGAAUAACAGCACGAUGGACGGAAAAUCUCCGAAUAGCGAGGAAUACCAUUCGAAUUGGGAUAAUUGGGAUAGUGUCGAAGCAACAGACGAAAUGACCGGUAGUAGUAUCGAAAAUUUGUUGCAGCUCGAUACGAUUCCGUUGCAAUUGAAUGUACCUAAGCAAGACCGAACCAUUUUGUUCAUGAACGAUUGUUGCGCCAAAAUAUCAGAACAAAUGAACCAAACCACUCCACGCAUGGAUCAAUGCGAUCCAACAAUGGAAACUCCGAUUAUCGUAGAUACUACUGCAGUAAAAUGUCCACCUUCGGGUUUGAAAGAUAUGGAAAAUGGAACGUUCAAUAGUCCAAUGAGUGGUGCCGUUACUACAAUAUGUUCCGAUAGUUCGCUAGACAAAUACAUUUCUAAACUUUCACCCGAAAAACCGAUUACGAAAAGAAAUGAACAACCAAAAUUGAAUCAUCAGCCUAUUGCACGGCUAUACGACGAAUACGAACAAUUUAUUAUGAGCUGUGUGCCCGCUUCUAAUGAAAAUCAUAGCAAUGGUGACAAGUCAUCGGUUUCUUCUUCAUUGUUCGAGUCGGUUACAUCGAAUGACGGAGACGAAGAACUGCAAGCCUUAAAAAAAUCUUUGGAAAUGAAGUUACAUGAAAUCGAGCAUACGGAUUCUGACGACACAGCGAAAAUGAAAGUUCCAGAUCAGCCAGUACAAAUAGUCAAAGUGAUGUCGCCGAAGCUACCAUCAAACGUAACAAAUCAAUCAUCCGAUUCGUCUGAAUCGUCAUCAACCUCUUCGAGUUCGUCAGACAGUUCAUCGUCAUCUACAUCGUCGUCAUCAGACAAAAAACAGCGAAAGAAAAAAACUCGAAAACAGAAUGCUAAAUUGCCAUUGCCUUUAGACGAGAAUAUGUUCGAUUUGAAGACUGGCAUUGAGGACGACGAACUGAGCGACAAUGAACUACUAUCCAAGGUUGAGCUAUUGAAGCAACAGUUUUCGGAAAAACGGAAAGAACUCGCCAACAAACGAAAACUUGUAGCGAAUGAUGCAGUAACUCCUGAAAGCGUAACCAGCACAAGUGGAACCGAUGCAUUAUUGGUGAGUGCAGAGAAACGAUCGGCAAUAUCAUUGAAAAUUGGCGGCAACAAGACGAAUUCAAUAAUGAAACCAGUAAUGUUUGACGACGACGACUUUACCGAUAAACUGAUGCUAGAAGUAACUCCCAACACAUUGGCUCGCUCAAAGGAAACAAAUAAAUUGUUGAUAGAACGUGUUAUUGAACCAGGAGUUGGACUAGUCAGUUCAUCGAAUAGCAAUUCAUUGGCUAGUGAAAUCAUUAAUACUAAAGUGUCACGAAUAGGAAUGAUGCCAAACAAUCCCAUCAUGGCGGACAUAUUUCCAAAAUCCAACAGAUCAGUUCCGAUCGAAAAUGCUGUCGUUAAAAUAACUUCAAAUGAAACGGUACCCAUCGACACCGCUGAAAUGAAGAAAUAUUUGAAUAACGCAUCGUCACAUUUGGAUAGUUCGGAUAGCGUUGCAAGUAAGACGAGUAACUCCAUCGAAAGCAGCAAGUCAUACGACUCAUCUGCAGAAAUUCGCAAAGGUUCCCCAAUAAAGCAAUUAACACCAUCUCGUUCCGACAAGAGAGACUCCAGCGAUUCUAAUUCGAAGAACAGACCACUUUCACCCUAUGGCCGUUCCCGCACAAAAGAAUCCAGCAAACGUUAUUCCAGUCCACCACCACGACAUCGAAGUCCGCGAUCCAGAAAACGAACUUAUCGUAGUCCGAGUCCGAUCCGUAGACGUUCUCGUGGCAGUCCAAGACGUUCUCGAAGUCCACGAAAAUCACCUCGGCGAGUUAGUCCUAGACGCUUACGUCGUUCACACAGUCCACGGUCAAAGCGCACUGUAAGUCCGGUGCGAGCGAGAACACCACCAAUGCCAGAAAAACACACGAAUAGACAAUGGGAACCGCCACAUACAACGGACUACACAAAUUCUACGAAAACCGUGCUUGCCUGUGACAAUAAUGUACCACAACCAAUUUGUAGGCUGGAAAGUACUCACACAACUCCAUGGCCAGACGAAGGAAAUUCUGCAUUCGCUGAGUACAACUAUCAACACAUACGAACGUUGGCACCCAAACGAACAAUAGACGAUCGUAACGCUCACACGUUUAAUCAUUCGGAACAAUUAUAUGAUUUUCAUCGAGCCAGCGGUCCGUACAUGGGCCACGUUCAGUAUUCGAUUGAAAACACGAGCAAAAUUCCAGUUCUGAAUUCACAAGAAAAUUAUUAUUUUCAACCACACGUACCGCCUCAAAAUAUGCAAGCCUUACCGCGAUUGCAUGUUCCUUCUAUGCAUGUUUCGCAUAUUGCACCGAAUCAAUUGUCACCCCAACCAUUAUCAGUGCAACAUCCACAUCCACAGCAACGAAUAUUUUCAAAUCUCAUUGAAAUUCGGCAAAGUAACGUUGAUGUGGAGGAGCGUACGCCAUUCGUCGUUAAAGGAAAUAUGUUGGAAAUCGUACCAAAAACAGAAGCCGUUAUUGUGGAACAGACAUUGGACUCAAAAGUGGAAGAGGAAAAUUACUAUGAGGUGAAGCAAGAUAGCAUAAUAGAGCUGACCGAGGAAGAAAUUGAGCGACGGGAAGUUAAAAAAGCGGAAUUGAAGUUGAAGCGGAAACAAGAACGUGAUAAACGGCACCUGGAGCGAUUUAUGCGCAAGGAAAAGCUGAAAUUGGAAAUAAAACAUUUAAUGGAAGUUGGUGUACAUACGAUGGACGUUAAAAAAGCGACAUAUAAUCCAAAUGCUAUUGGAGGCAAGAGUAUCUUACGAGGAAAUGUGGCGAGUGCAAAUAAGAAAAGUGUUUUAUUCGCCGAUGGUGUUGCACCAGGGGAUGGAACAUCUACAUCGGAAAGAGAAGAUGUUGCUCCGUUGCUUCGGGAUCGCAAUAAGCGAAUGACUAAGAAAAAACUGGAUUCUAAGCGUCGGCGUGCGCGAAGGGAAGCAUCAACCAUCAAAAAGGACGCUGCUCCUCAAGUUUUAGAAAUUACACCGUUUAUCGAUCCCGAAAUCGAAAACAUGCCGCCACCACCACCUCCAGAUGGAUAUCCCCCAACACGAUUAGCACAACCUAAGCUCAAAUCUACUCCAAAGUUAAUUUAUUUCCACUACGAUCCCAAAAACAACACAAUGUGCAUCUCACCAUUCCCUACCGAUGUCAAUAUUCCGUCAUAUCCCUUCAACGAUUCACCGCCAGCUGCAUCAACGCCAGAUCUGAUACCAAAACCAAAGGUUUGCUUCAUUCAACCCCCUGUGUUCGAGCAACAACCUACGCCGGUACAAGGAGUCAAUCCAAGUGUACCCAAUCAGAAUACGUCGACGCUAAAUAAUUCCGUUGGCUCAACUGAAUUACAAACAACAAUACCUGCGCCGAAACCAUUUAAUCAACAACAUCAGCAGCAGCCUUCGUCCAACUCGCUUCCAUCCUCACCGGCACUAUAUCCGUCAGGGCAGGUGCAUUCGCCACACAACUUCAGAGGACCGCCUCCAAUCAUCAAUUCACAAUCAGUUCCAUCGCAACCGUCACCGAUGCAAAUGCAAGCAUCUCCUAUGACAUCACAAUGGGAAACUUUUCCACCAAACACACAUAUUCCACCAAUACAACAACCGCCUUGCGCUCAGUCAUGGGAACCAGAUUUGUAUCCACAUAAUCAAGCGAUUCGGCCGCAUAUCCGAUUUAACAACGGAAAUAAUAUUGUGCACCCGAGACCGGUGCAUAAUCUGUGGGAGCAGCAGCGGCAUCCAAAUCCAAUAUAUCAAAAUCAAAUACAUUCUCCACAACAUCAGCAACAGCCACCACCACCGCCGCCGCCACAACAACCAACGUUUCUUCCACGACUGAAUCAUCCUAGGUUUCACCAAAAUCAACCAGUCAAUGUCAAUACACCGCAUCAACCGCAUACUAAUUUCGCAUUUAACUCAAAGUAUAAUUAUAAUGCGAAUUCAAGUCAUACGUGGAACAAUCAGUACAGAAACAACCAUUGAGAUUGAUUCAUCAUAGUAAGAGCAAGCGAAAUAUUUAUUUUCACAGAAUAAAAU